AUGGAUGGCAGAAUAUACGAGAUAAUCAAGAAGAGUGGAGAUUUAGAAGAGCAGAUAGACAAGAUACUAAGUAUUUCACAUCCAUUGGGCUCCUCCGAAGUUGUAGCGUAUCUACUGAAAAGAACAAUGGACAUGUUCGGGAAAGAUCCCUUGUCUCAUAGUCGUUUACUUAAUGGAAUACCAUCUUCUCUCAUUACAAAAUUUGCUCCAGGCCUUUUAUCCUUCUACUUCUGCCUUCUCAAAGACCAAAAGACCAGGAGUAGAAUAAGGGAAGCAGCAACGGUCUCCAUGAAACAUGUGCUAGAAUCCGUGUCUCGAUUAGAUGAUAACUCUGAGGGAAAAAUACAUGAAUUCUUCUAUUUUCACAAAAGACCAGAGUUUGAAGAUAUCUAUAGGGUGUGUGCUCAGAAGUUUAAAACAAGGAGAAGGCUGUUUUUCAUUUCAGAGCUUCUUCUUCUUGGGCAUUUACUUGAAGACAAUGACUACGAUGCUGUGAAUGAUAGCAUUGAGGAAGUGUUUUCCCCAGAUUUGAUUAGGAAACUCCUGGAUAGAGGGAAGUACAGAAACAACGAAGAGAUAUUUAACAGACUUGUCUGGAUGUAUAAAAGAGGAGAGGAUGUGUCUGACGUAAUAUCCAGAAUCCAAGAAAGACACAACGUUAAAGAUGGGGUGGCGGAACUAUUCCCGGUAAAUAAAGAGACAACAAGAAAUAUUCUUCAGACAAAUGAUUUGAAGAGAAUCGAGAGGUUUUUUAGGGAUGCCGAUCAUAUUCCAAUGCACAUCAAUGUGAUCGGAAAAUACUUAGAGCUGUGCGAGUCUCCAAAGCAAGUUCUUGAAUGCAACAUUUCCAGAAGAUUUGAGAUUCAAAAGAUGAUAAUAGAAGAUUAUGAUAAGUUUCUUGAGUAUGCCUUCAAUGGGCUUGAAGAUAGCCCUAGAAUUCUGAUCAAUCUAAUAGGGAUUGAGUUUAGGCCAAAGCUGGAGGAUUUCAUUCUUCAGUCCAUGGAGUUUAUCAGCAGAUGUAAUGAUGCAAAGAGACUGUGUAUGUAUUUAUACUUUAUGAAGAUUGUUGUUGGAAAGGACUGUCUGAGAAGAUCGAUUCUUAGGAGGAUAUUUGAUGGAUUAGUGUACUUAGACAAUGAAGAUUACAGAAUCAGGUGUAUGAAGUACGAAAUACUCGGUGAGUUAUUUGUACAGUAUGCUCUAAUGGACAAAGCCAUUGAGAAUGAUGCUUACUCGAAUGCACCACAUAAAGAGAAAGAUAUAGAAUGCAGAUGUCCAGUCUCUGAAGACAUCCUUAGGAGAGUAGACACAAAGAAUAUAGAUGAGGAUAACGUGAAUGUACUCGCAGCCAUUAUAUGGAAUGAGCUAGCCAUUACGCCGGUUGAGGGAGAGCUUAUGGCGAUCUCUAUUCUACUUAGGAAAAUCAUAGAUAGCACAGGGAUGUUUUAUGAAAAUAGAAUUGCUAAGUCAAGCUUUAUUCUACACCUUGUAGAUAUGCAUGGAAUAUCUAGAUUCAAUGAGACUAAGAGAAGAUCUACAGAAGAAUUCCUCCGUUUGCUUGGAAGCAUGGCAAGGUUCAAUCUUUCGAAGAAGUUUCUUAAAAAAAUGUUUCUAAUAUCCUUAGACUACUUCCAUAUUCUUGACACCAGCUGUUUGAUACGAGCUAUCAUAAAGAAUGAUAGAUAUCACUGCUUGUUCAUGCUUUGCAAUCUAAGUAAGAGUAAAGAAAAGAUACUAUCGAAGAAGCUUUUGGAAUUUCUCAAGAAAAGCUUGAAAGAGGCCCAAGAAUGA